GUAAAUUGUUUGAUGUGACAACAAAUCGGUUCGAUAACAACAUAGUCAAGAAAAUGAAACAUUUCCUUGAGACUGGGCCAUAAGUAAGUUAGAGGUGUUGUUGAAUGGUGAAGAAUUUUCCCUAAAUGAAAUUUUAGUAUUGAAAUAUGGCAAGUGAAAAAGGUUCUGGUUCGGAAGAACCUCUAGUGCCGGAUGAAUUCGAUGAUCAAUUCUAUAAAGAUUUACUUAGUAAGAUUCCCGAGGCCACCAAGGCAUUGCGGCAAAAGGACACCCAAGACAAUGCCGAUAAUGUUCAGCGUCUCUUGAUUUGUAGCAAUCGCUACAAAUGCAAUUGGUUUCUCGAACAAACGAAAUGUCAAGAUCUGGAAGAUGAGGUCAAACGGUUGAAUGGCCAGCUAGAUGAUGCACGUAAGAUGUCUGAACUAGAUCAGGAGACCAUAGCCCAAUUGAGAGAGGUUAUUGAAAGUGCCUGGCGCCAAAAGGAUGCCGCUUUGCUGCGUGAACAAACAGCCCAAGAUGAGCUGACUAAACUAAAGGAAAUCGUCGAUGAUCAAGCGGAAACUAUUAAAAAUCUAAGCGAUACCAGGGCCAAUUUGAAACACCGCCGUGACGACAACAAGGAGAAGGAAAAUCUGAAGGGCGAAAUAAAAGAUCUCAACAAACGUUUGCAAAUGCAACGAAAUUACACCACCGAAUUGGAGGCAUUGAAUCAUACAUUGGAGGAGAAAAACAAGAACUUGAUAAAGGUUUUGGAUGAAACUUCAACGGAAGCCUUCAAUAGCAAAAAACGCAUCGACGCUCUCACCAAAGAUCUAAGCCAAAUGAAAACCGAUGAAUUGAAAUACACCGAACAAAUUGCCAUGUCCAAACUGCAACUAGAAAAACUCACCAAAAUGAAGGUACGGCAAAAUCUUCAAAUUCUAUCGCUGAAAACGAAUUUGGAACAUUUGAAUACUCAACACAAUGUGACCUGUAAUAAAUUGGCCAAAAUUACGGUGGACUUGGAGUAUGCCAUACAGGAGAGGGAUAAAAACAAACGGGAUUUGGCACAAAAGACCAAUCUGCUAAAGAUACGGGAAGAUGAGAUAAUCAAGUGGAAGCAGGAGAAUGCAAAACUGGCAAAACUGCAAGACAAUGCUUCAAGGAAAUAUUGCACCUUGGAGGAAUCACGAAAGGAACUGGAAGAUGAAAACCUAAGACUGAAAACGCAAUUCAAUACCCAGGAUAAGGAGUUUGAAGCUUUGCGAAGACUCGUCCAACAAUUCGAAAGAAACAACAAUAAUUUGACGAAGGAAAGAGAUACGCUCAAGAUAGAUUUGUUGGCUGAACACAAAACCGCUGAAGAGUCUCAGCAAACGGUGCAAGAGACCCAACAUGAAAUUCGAGCACUCAAAGACUCUCUGCUACUGCAAGAGAGGAAAAAUAAAAAGCUCAACGAAGAGAUUAUCAUCCUGAAUAAUGAAAAAUCCAAAAAGACCGAUGAAAUACAAAGUCUGCUCGAUAAAAUGGAUACAUUGCAAAAUAAAAUCCAUUUAAAGGAAUCCUACGAACUGGAAUUGAAACGGACCGUCAGUGAUGCCGAGGCCCAAUAUUCCCGUAUGAAAGCCCAACACGAUGUUCUGGUCAAUGAAAAUAACUCCAAUUUGCGUUUGAUACAAAAUCUAAAUGAGGAAAAAUCCAAGCUGCGUAACAAUAUUGAAAAUCUACAAAACACAAUUGAGGCGCUGAAGGGUAAGGUAUCCUACCGCGAUAGUGAAAUCGGCAAGCUCCAAUUGCAAAUUGAUAAAAUGGAAAAGGAACGACGUUUACUGAAAAACGAACUGCGCACCUCCCAGCUGAAUCAUCAACAUACCCGGGCCGAGCUGUACGAAAAGAAAAAAGAAAAUGAUAAAUUCCUGAAAUCUCAACAAGAGGAAGUGAAGAAGCUAACACGGCUCCAGCGAGAUUUGGACAAUAUGAUCGAUGAGAAGAAUUCCAUAUGCGCCACUCUGACACGCAAAGAGGAACAAUUCACGGAUUUAAAAACAGAAUUUGAAAAUUUACAACGAAGUCAUGAUAUAUUGCAAUCGGAAUUUUCCAAAAAUUGCGAUGAUAUGAAACUGAUGAGAGUGGAGAUUAAGAAUUUACUUACCGAACGCAAUGUCUUGCGUAAAGAUCGUGAAAGUGCGGCGAAUUUAAGGCAUGAAUUGUUGCAAAUGCAUCGGGUGUUCAAUCAGCAACGGGUCAAGGCCCGAGCUUUGCAGGAAGAAAUGAUGACACCCAUGAAUGUCCACCGAUGGCGCAAUUUGAAGGGCAAAGAUCCGCACAAGUGUGAUUUGAUACAAAAGAUACAGUUUUUGAGGCGACAACUUUUACACUACAACGUAACAAAUUUAGAGCAGGAACGAGCAUUAAAGGAGUCACAAAGGCUCUAUAGUACCCUAAAAGAGUUCAUUGUCAAGCUGCCCAGCAUUAAAAUCAAGGAGGAAUUAAAUGAAGUCAAGUCUGCAUUGUCGCUCAAAACGCGUAAAUUGAAAGCUCUGAAAGCUGAAAUUUCCGUAAAAAGUAUUGAAGAGAAAUCGCAUAUUGUGGAAUUGGAAGAAUUGAAAAACGAUUUGACGAAAGUAAAAAAUCAACUACUCAACGAAAGGAAAAGCAAAGAAAAGCUGUUACAGGAACGGCAAACCAUAAUGCAGAUGCAAAUGCAAUGUAUGUCGGCCCCACCGCAUCUGCAGACAAACUUUACGCCCUCUCUGAAACAUCCAAAUGGUAUUUGAGGUUGGAUUAAUUAAAAAUCGACUGAUUUGUAAUUAAAGCUAAAUUCAUCACAGUUCCAAUUCUUUUUUAUUAUGCCAUAAUAUUUUUUAA